CGGAUGAGUCCUGAUCUAUCAGAAGGCAGUGACAUAUCAGUCAUGGUCUGCUUUUAUACUUUUGUCUCAAGGUAUGCUGCUGCCUUCACCAGCUGCUCUGCCAGAGGCAGCGAACAGCUUCUUUCCUAGCUGGUAUGCAAAGGCUCUUCCAGUCCUCGUCAUCUCAUAUAUCGCCUUUUCGAAACUUUUCUCCUCUAAUAACCCGAAGGAACCGGGUCGUCCUCCUGUCGCCCCUAGCUUGAUCCCAUGGCUCGGGAGUGCCCUUUCUAUGGGCCUGGAUACAGAUAGCUUUCUCCUCAAAAACGCUCGUCGAUUUGGGCCUGCUUUCUUUGUAGAUGUCAUAGGUGUCAGGUUCCUCUAUGUGGUAGCACGCGACCCCGUUAAGUGGGCUUUGAAACGACCUAAGGAUGUUUCAAUACGUAAUGUGGAGUACGAUUCCCUUCAAGCCAUCUUCGAUCUCUCAGAGGAAGCUGCGGCAACGGAGACCUCCACAGCUAUUGCAUUUAAGACACUUUCGAGAGACUGCGCAAAGUGGGGUGUGCAGCCUACUGUCAUGGCUUUCAACUCCGUCUUCAGACGUGCUGUCGAGGAAUUCAAGGACAAAUUUACGGUUGAAGAGCGCCGCAGUGGUAAAGUUGCGGGAUUGGACCAUAUAUUCUUGCCUUUGAUAUAUCGUGCGUUCUCCCAAUCCUCCUUAGGCAUGUCCUACCCUGGAGAAUCGCACUGGAAGGACCACAAUGACUUCCAUGAUGCCUUCCCAGUUCUUUUCUCGGGACUCCCAAAGUCCUGGGUGUCUACCGGAGUGAAAGCACGUAAACACCUUUCUAGUAUAAUCCACAAGCUCCUGAUCGACCACCUCGAGACGCCAGAUCCAGAAUCGGACUCGUCUCCCAUUUUCAUGAAAAUCCUCGCCAAGGUCUUGAACCAACUGCCUGACAUGGCGAUGGAGGACGCCGCUAAGAUGGUUAACUUGUACAUGUUCGCUGGCGACAAUGUUGGGUUGGCCGCUUUCUGGAUUAUGUCGCAUGCGGUUGGACACGCCGGUUUAUACAAACGUCUGAAGGACGAGGUAGAUGGUAUUUGGAGAGAAUAUAGAAUCAACAAGCCGACAACCGUGGACUCGGAUGGCAAUGAGAAAAAGACGGAGUUUUACGAUAUGCUGAAUGACCUCGAGAUCCUCGAUAAAGCUUUCCCUCUGCUCAACAGCGUGUUCAAAGAGAUGCUUCGCUUCCAUGGUAAACAGAUGUUUGUUCGACGUGCUGAAUCAGAUGUCCUUCUCCCCGCUCCCACGGACGAAGAUCCAGACCGUAAAGUCCUGGUCAAGAAGGGCGAAAACAUCAUUCUGUACAUGCGUUUCACUCAUCAUGACGAGAACGUGUUCAAAGAUCCGCAUACGUUCAUCCCGGAGAGAUUCUUGGCUACGGGAGGUAAAGACGCGGGAGAGAUCGACGAGAGCAAGAGUGGGUUUAUGAUUCCGUUCGGAUUCGGGACCACUGUGUGUCCCGGCCGUUAUCUCGCCUCUUUCGAGAUAAAAACUGUUGUCUUAACUCUGAUCCACGCAUUCGAUCUCGAAUAUGUCGGCCUUACUGGGCUAUCGCGUUUUUUGGGCUUCCAAGGCCACAAUAUGGACAAACCAAUUUGUCGUCAGAACCUCGCUACAUUCGGCACCCCUUUGAGUAUGCCGUUUGGAGAUAUGAAGUUGAGGUUUAAUGUGAGGGAGGAUUAUUAAGGGCAGAGCCCCCACGUAUAUAUUUCUGGACUCGUAGGAUCCAGAUUGCAGCGAGAUGAAUUAGUAAUGUAGGAAGUGGGAAUAAUCAGCAUCUCAGCUGUGAUCAGAGCAACUGUUGUUUGUACCUAGUAAUAAUCAGGACUACAUGUACAGUUGUAUGGCAACGGUAUUAGAUAAUAAGGCGGAAGAACGGUACAAAGCUGAAUCAGGAUAGAACACGAGAAAGUGUCUAUAUAGUGCUUUAGUCUCCC